AGUUAAAUUUUGGACGACAAAAUAUGCUUCUAUACUUCGAACAUGUAAAAUUUCUUAAGGGUUCAACUUGAAAAAUUUCAUGACAUCGACAAUAUUUUCUAAAUUUGGGAGCAACUUUUCAAGUUAUCAAUGGCAUGAAAUAUUCAAUGUAACAACGUACAGAAUAACGAGGACCAAAGGAGGAGGAUUAUUAUCAGCAUCAUUCAUUAAAUCCGUCUCAAAGCAAACAACACCAGCACAAAACAACACUGAUUCUAUCGUAUUAUGAGAAUAAUAUGUGGAACAAGGACAAUGAGGAUGUAAACUAAGAUUCAUAAUGAUACAUAUCAUCAAAUAAUCCGCAAUUACUUGUAGCCAAGAAUUGUUGAGAAUGUUUCGAGAGUUAACAAUAAUCACUAAGAAUGUAUCCUCAACAGCGUUAAUAAGUUCAUCUGCUAUCUCUGUCAUGUGUAUAUUAAAAAGUAAUGUGUUAUCAUCGUCUUCGUUGUUAAUAAUUAUGUUAAAAUUAUCGUUAGCGUUAAUAUUAUUGCAACAAUAUGUUCACCAAUAUAAAAUGGUGAACGUAUUAUCAAUACUAUGUAUUGUGCGAUGAUAGAGCGCGCGCUGGUUAUAAGCGGCCGUCCCGGACAUGGAGCGUUUACCACACGCUCAGCGGUCGGUCACCAUAUCAACAUUAUCACCAACAUCAACGAUACCAUGUACACGUAUUGUACAUUUUGUAAUUGGACGAAAAGCUGAGGUUGCUAAAUUUCAAUCAAAUACACCAGACGAUCAAAUUAAAGAAUUAUUUCGUUGUGCCGCAGAAGCUGGUGUUAGUGAUAUACUAAAAUUAUAUGAUAUCGAUGGUCACCUGUUGAAUUUAAGUGCUGAUCUACCAUCAAAUACACCACGGACCAGGUAUACACUGGAAGUGGUUGCUGCUCAUACAAACGGGAUGCUAUUGGACGAGGUUGGUGUUGAUCUUGCUGCAUUGGAAGAACGAGUAACACAGCUGGAAAAGCAACUGCGCACCGAAUGUGACGUACUUCCGCCUGCAUUACAAGAGCUUAAGCAACAAGUGGAUGGUUUCCGUACUAAAUUGGAAACAACAGAGCAUCUCAGUUGGUUGGGUUUCUAUAAGCAAUUACCAGAACCAAUAUCAACAGAAGAAUGCCGCCGUUUAAAAUAUCGUAGAACAAGUGAUUCAGUGAAGAAACGUGUAAAAGAACGAUAUUAUCAAAUCUGUGAUACAGAAGUGUCAGACCGUGUUCGACAAUGGAUAAGAAUGCCAACAUUUGACUGUCGACCAUGGGAGGAUGAAGAAGUAUUAUUACUGUUACAACAAAUGUUUUUAGAUUUAGGACUAUGUUCACGAUUUGGAAUUGAAUUAAAAACGUUAAGGACAUUUAUUUUUGAAGUUUAUAAAAAUUAUAAUGAUGUGCCUUUUCACAACUUUAGGCAUUGCUUCUGUGUUGCACAAAUGAUGUACACAAUUAUAUGGGCAACAAAUUUACAACAAAAAAUUGGCGAUUUAGAAAUAUUAAUAUUAUUAGUAUCAUGCGUUUGUCAUGAUUUAGAUCAUCCUGGUUAUAAUAAUAUCUAUCAAAUUAAUGCUAAAACAGAAUUAGCAAUACGUUAUAAUGAUAUAUCACCGUUAGAGAAUCAUCAUUGUAGUGUUGCAUUCCGUAUAUUAGAGAACGAUGAUUGUAAUAUAUUUAAAACAUUCUCACAAGAGACAUUUAAACAUGUACGAGAAGGGAUGAUCCGAUGCAUAUUAGCAACAGAUAUGGCACGGCAUAAUGAAAUAUUAGCACAGUUCAAGGAAAUUACACCUGAAUUUGAUUACUCAAAUAAAUCGCAUUUAAAUUUAUUAACAAUGGUUCUCAUCAAAGUGGCAGACAUUUCGAACGAAGCAAGACCAAUGGAUGUUGCUGAACCAUGGCUAGAUCGAUUAUUAACCGAAUUCUUUAAACAAAGUGACGCGGAAAAAUUGGAAGGUCUUCCCGUAACACCAUUUAUGGAUCGUGAAAAAAUAACAAAACCUUCUUCACAAUGUAGUUUUAUUGGUUUCGUGCUCUUACCAUUGUUCGAAGCUUUAGGUGAUCUUUUAACUGAAUUGCAAGAAUUGAUAGUACAACCUGUACGAGAUGCUUUAGACUAUUAUCGAAGGUUGAAUGAAGCCACCAAAGAAGAAAGAUUGCAUAGGAAGAGUGUCGUUGCUGAACUUCUUGAACAUCCAGCUUUAGCGAGGUCAUCGGUUGGUGCUCCACCACAUUCUCAUCACUUUCUACAACAUCCAAAUAGUCCGGAUGAGAGUUCUGGUAGUGAUACAGUCAAUGUUCCAAAAUCAGUUUCAAAUCAUAGUGUAAAAUCUAGGAAAAGUAUCUCAUUUCGAUCUAGGUCUAGAUCAACAGACGAAGAAUAUGACCAAAGUAAUGAUAAUAUUGUAUAUUCAGAUGACGAUCAAAACCUUGCUGAUGUUCUUGAAGAUAACGAAAGUGGAGAUUCAGAAACUGCCACAGAAGUUGAAGUCUCGGAGAAAACAUUAAAGUUUAAAAUAUCAACAGAAGGCAGUGUAGCAAAUACCGGCCGUAAAAGUUAUCCUGGUUCUCGUAAAGGUAGUCGUGAGAAGACUCAAACAUUAACAUGUUCCGAAGUGGCACGCGCUGUACAACGUGAUAAAGAACGCGGUAAAUUUACAGGUGCACUAAGUUUUGAUAGUCGUUUCACAUCGAAACGUCUAUCAAUGGAUAUGAAUGAAAGUAUUGAGCUAUUAAGAAAAUAUCAUGGACGAUCGUUUGAUCGAUCAGGCGGUGGUGGACGAUAUAGUAGUGACAUUAGUUCCCCGACAAGUGAAAAAUCAGUAGAUUUUCAUGAAAAUGAUGAAAUUAAAUUAAAACCAAUUUGUAUAUCCCCGUCAGCACGUAAAUUAAUAUCACCAAAAAUUGAAAUAAAUGAACCAAUUACGUAUCAACAGUCGACGGUACAAGUUGAUUGUAAUAAUAUUAAUAAUAAUACAAGUAAAAGGGACAAUAGUGUGAAAAGUAAAAGUAGUGAUGAUGAAAAUAAUAUGCAUUCACCUCAAGAACAACAAGAAAGUGUUAAAUUAGUAAACAAUAAUCGUUCAUUUUUGUCGAGAUUACGACAAUUUACAGAUAAAUUUACAUUAAGUAUCGAUUCCUCAUCAAAAACACAAUCAUCACCAUCAUCUUCAUCAAUACCCCCACCAAAAUCACCACGUCAUCAUCAUCAUCAUCAUGACGUAAUAAGUAAUUGUUGUAGUAAAAGUAGUGAUGUAGAUUAUGAAAAUGAUAAAAAAGCAAGCACAUUACCAAAGAUAAAUAAACAAAAAGGAUGGCGUACGAUAUUAUCAUCGGAGAAAGUAAAUAGUUUAUCAAAUAUACCAAUAAAUAAAUUAGACAAUCAACAAUCACCAUCUACAUCCGGUUUACAAUCGUCAACAUCCACAUCAACACAAGAAUUAAUUUGUAAAAAAAUUGACCAAAAAAAUAGAAUUACAUCUGGACAGGGUAAUAAUAAAAUAAGUUUAAUACAACAUAUUAAAGAUACAACAUCGGAUGUUGACAAUGUUGAUACAAAGAUUAAUAUUUGA